AUGGUGCCCCCUUCGCCCGUGCGUCGCCGCGCGGCGGCGAGGUGCACCGCAACACAGGCGGCGCCUGGCGCCGCAGACCGUUCUAGGUGGCCGCCAGCGCCGCCGACCCGUCUCCAGUCGUGUGUUUUGCAGUGUAAGCAGCGCCCUAUCCAGAUCUCCGCCGGCAUGAUCUGCUCCAUCCUGGCGUGUUCCCUCGAGGCCCCUUCACUUGAGAAAAUCAAGCCGGCGGACGUCUGGGACCCUCCAUCCUCCCCGCGCCCCCUCGGGGUGCCUGGCAGAGCUUUCCUGCCGCCCGCACGGGCACGGUGGCGGCGGCGAGGCAGCGGCAGGCAGGGCCAGGUCGGGUUCUCCCUCGCCCUCGGCCUCGCGCCGCCGCGGCGGGUCGGGCGCUCUCCGUGGAGAGGGCGGCUCCUGGCGGCGUCGGCAGAGGUGGCGGUGGGGCUGUGCAUGAGGCUCUCCAGCCAGCUGUCCUUGUGA